AAUAAUUUAAUUGAGUGCUUAAUUUUGAAUGAAUUAAACAGCUAUUCAAUUAAAUGCGUUUAUUCAGGAAAAAAAAAAAAAAUUAAAUGCGUUUAUCACUUGAAACAAUAAGCUUACAUGACAUCCCACUGGAAAUUUUAAAAAAUAAAAAUAAAAAAACAUUUAUUUUUAAUUACAAACUUAAAAACUUAGAAUUUUCAAUUUUCUCUGUCAACAAAAGUGAAGCAAGAGUUUUAACCAAAAAAAAAAAAAAAAACGAAAAAAGGUGAAGCAAGAGUCGCCUAACAAAUUCCUCUCUUCUCUGGGUUGGGAAAUUUCUCUCUUUGCAUGGUCUAAUCGACAAAGUUCUUUACAUUUUAAAAAUGGAGAGGAAGAGAUAACUUAAUGGCUUCAACUUUGGACUCAGAAACACUCAAAUUGAACUCAGUUGUUCUUUUCUCAUCUUCAUGCCUUCUUCGUUUGUUCGUAUCAAUCACCUCAUACCCAAAACACUCUUCGGACUCGUCUCCAAUUAUUCCUUCUCGACUUAUACUUCAGCUAUCCAUCAUGCCCAAUUCAGCCAAUUGCCACCCAUUGUUCACAAAUUCUUAUCUUUCUUCCAAGAAUGCUCGGAAAGCCUUAACUGGGUCAAAUCAAUCCAUGCUCAGCUCAUCAUCAAUUCAAUAUCCACCGACCAAACUCUGGCAACUAAGCUUGUCAAGAUUUACUCGAACUUGGGAAGUUUAGAAGCUGCCCGCAACGUGUUCGAUCAAAUUUCCCAUCCAAAAGUGUUUCUAUGUAAUGCCAUGAUGAGUGGGUAUUUACUAAAUGAGCAGUACAACGAGACACUCGACUUGUUUGAGAAGAUGGAUUGUUUAGAAAUUGAUAGUUGCACUUGUACUCUCGCACUCAAAGCAUGCACGGGCUUGUCAGAUUAUGAAAGUGGGAUGGAAAUCAUUAGAAAUGCUGUGGAAUAUGGGAUGAAAAGUGACAGGUUCUUUGGAAGUUCGAUGAUAAACUUUUUGGUGAAAUUUGAUGACAUUGCUGAGGCGCGAAAGGUAUUCAAUGACAUCCAGAACAGGGAUGUUGUUUGUUGGAAUUCUAUGAUUGGAGGUUACGUGAAAGCAUUUCAGUUUAUUGAGGCUUUUGAUCUCUUCUCUGAGAUGCGUAAUAGUGGCAUUAGACCAAGUCCUAUAACUACGGCAAGCUUGAUUCAAGCAUGUGAAAAGAUUGGGAAUUUGAAGCUCGGAAAAUAUAUUCAUGGACGUGUGUUUGGUUUUGGAAUGCAUAAUGACAUUUUCGUGCUUACCUCAUUGGUUAAUAUGUAUAGUAAAAUGGGUGACACAGGAAGUGCUCGUUGGAUUUUUGACAGGAUGCCCCAUAGGAAUUUGGUAUCAUGGAACUCCAUGAUCUCAGGAUGUGUUCACAAUGGUUUGGUAUGUGAAUCAUUUGACCUCUUUCAUAGAUUAGUCGAUAAUGGUGGUGGGUUCGAUUCUGGAACUAUUGUUAGUCUCCUUCAGGGUUGUUCACAAAAAGCUGAUUUAGAAAGAGGAAAGAUCCUCCAUGGUUGCAUUUUAAGAAGGGGUCUUGAAUUAAAUCUUAUUUUGUCUACUGCGCUCGUUGAUUUGUAUUCUAAAUGUGGUGCUUUAAAGCAGGCAGCAGGUGUCUUUAACCGAAUGAAGGAAAAAAAUGUAAUUACAUGGACUGCUAUGCUAGUAGGGUUAGCGCAAAAUGGGCACGCUGAGGAUGCCUUAAAAUUAUUUCAUCAGAUGCAAGAAGAAGGAGUUGCUGCCAACUCUGUCACUCUUGUUAGUUUAGUCCACUCUUGUGCUCAUUUGGGCUCCUUGAAGAAAGGAAGAAGCAUCCAUGCUCUUUUAAUUCGGCAUGACUUUGAUUUUGAUGUGGUUAACAUGACAUCCCUAAUUGAUAUGUAUGCCAAGUGUGGAAAAAUAAAAUAUGCAGAAAUGGUAUUCCGCAUUGGAUCCAACUUUAAAGAUGUUAUUUUAUGGAACUCUAUGAUAACAGGCUAUGGCAUACAUGGUCAUGGGCAUCAAGCUAUUAGUAUGUAUAGAAGAAUGAUAAAGGAGGGAAUUGAGCCAAACCAGACUACCUUUGUUUCUCUACUAGCUGCUUGCAGUCACUCGGGUCUGGUGGAGGAGGGAGAAAUUCUAUUUAACAACAUGGAAAAAGACCAUAAUUGCGUGCCUAACGAGAAGCACUAUGCUUGCUUUGUGGAUCUUCUUAGUCGAGCAGGGCGUCUUGAAGAAGCCGAAGCAUUGACUAGGAAAAUGCCUUUUGAACUGGGUAGUGCAGUUCUUGAAGCUUUGCUGAAUGGGUGCCGUACUCACAAGAACAUUAAUUUGGGUGUAGAAACUGCAGAUAGAUUGCUUUGUUUAGAUGCCACGAACCCGGGAACUUAUGUUGUAUUAUCAAAUAUAUAUGCUGAAGUUAAGAGAUGGGAUGCAGUGGAUUACGUUCGAGAUCUCAUGAGGAAACGGGGACUGAAGAAGACACCUGGUUAUAGUUGGAUUGAAGUAGGAAACCAGGUUCACACAUUCUUCGCGGGUGAUGAUUCACAUCCAAACUGGAUUGAAAUUUACCAGUUUUUGGAGACUUUAAGAUUGGAAGUGGAGGGUUCUGGAUAUGAGCCUGAUACUAGUUGUGUUCUUCGUGAUGUGGAUGAGCUGAUGAAGGUGAAGUUGUUGUGGGGCCAUAGCGAGAGACUAGCAAUAGCUUUCGGGCUUUUGAGCACGCCAGCCGGAAGUUCAAUUAGGAUCACUAAGAACCUCCGUGUUUGUAGUGAUUGUCAUAGUGUGACCAAAUAUAUAUCAAAGAUAGUAAAGAGAGAGAUUAUAGUGAGAGAUGCUAAUCGUUUUCAUCACUUCAUGGAUGGCAAAUGCUCUUGUGGAGAUUACUGGUGAUGCGUGCCUUCUAUAAAAGCUAUUGGAAGAGAAAUGAAGAUCUCCUCUUGUGGAAGUAAAUGGGGAGAGCUGUUUGGGUUGCAUGACAUAGUGGACUUUGUAUGUAAGCCCUCCAGGCAAAGCAAACGAGCACAUAGCAGCCACGCAGGAGUGAGAGUUCUAUUUCUUGUGGUGCACCCCACUACCUCCCUCUGAUAUUCUGAAUUUGGAGUGACAUUCUGAAUUCAGAGUUCCAAGUGACAUUCUGAAUGUGUAUCAUUGCUCUUUUGUUUUUCAUCUCUCUCUCUAUAUAUUUUUUUGGUAAAAAUGGAAUUUAGUUAUUUCAAUGUUGAUUUGAUGUCACGUAUUAUCUAAAAUUUUGCCUUUAGAGGAAUCACACUGUCUAAUGUGAAUAUUUAUUUACUUAUUUGUUAAAUCAAACAAUCGUGUUCUGUAUAUUUGCAUUUGAUCUGACUAUAAAUUUUUAAAGAAUGAGAGUAUUAUUUACUAUGUAUAGUAUUGCACCUCGGUUUCAUAAAUCACCUGGUUUAAUGUUCAAUUUUUGUCCUGUUUUUAUUUUUUAUUUUAUUUAUUUAUUUUAUGUUCUUAACUCUUUAAUGGCUCUAUCUCCAUUAGAUGUACAUUUGCCUGCUAAGUUCUAUUUUUCCACUUCUUUUAAACUUAUUUCUGACCUUUUCACUUCUUUAUCAUAACCCAGUAAUUUGAUAAGAAAACACGAUUGCAAUUGCUAAAGAUGUUACUGAAGUAAAUUUUAAUCUUACAGCUUCACUACCGAUUUCAACAUUCCAUCAGCAUAAAGGCACUUUAUUUCUUGCUUUCAUAAUGUACAGCUAUUAGGAAAUACCCCAAU